GCUUCUACUAUCUAAGAAACAACGCACACGGGCCGAAACUAAAUUUCUCCAAGCGCGCAAUCCUGUCGCCAACCCCGGCCACGGAUCGGGGAUGUCGUCUGCUGCGGGCCGCGCGCCGGCGCCGACGCCGAUGGGCUCCGCCGAUCGCUGUAAGAUCGACGGGAUCGUGGCGGCGGAGAAAGCCACCAGGAGCUGCGUCGAAUGCCGCGCCACCACCACGCCCAUGUGGCGCAGCGGCCCGACCGGGCCCAGGUCACUUUGCAACGCCUGUGGGAUCCGGUACCGAAAAAAGAGGAGGCAAGAGCUUGGCCUAGACCGCAAGCUGCAGCAACAACAAAAUAAUGGCGAGGCGAAGACGGAUGAAGCAAAAGACAGCUCUAGCAACAGCAGCAGCGGGAGCAGCAACUUGCAGGUGGUGCAGAAACGGAGGCUGCUAAUGGGAGUGGAGGAGGCUGCUCUGCUGCUGAUGACCCUAUCUUCUUCGCCCACAUCCACGUUGCUUCAUGGAUAAGGACCCUCCUCCAACGCCAGAUCAGCAGUGUACAUACAACGUACCCCCUGCACAGUGACUGCCGAACGAUUGCAGGCCUAUCUCAGGGUUGUGUGAUCUUGUGAUUGGGGCGGAUUAUUAGUGCCAAGCUAAUCACUCCGUUGAUCGUCUUGUCUUCCUCUGUUUUCGCCGCACCCGUAGAUCUUGAUGCCAGCCAGCCAUAUAUCUUCUACGUGAUUUGUGGUAGGCUCCAUAAUCAGAGGUCUGUUGAUCCCAUUCCCCCCGCACAUCUUUUUUCUCUUGUCUUUUCUCUUUUUGGUUUUUUGUAUGUACUUUGAUGUUGCCCCAUUUGUGAGGGAUGGGUGAUCAAAGAGGAGACGCCAUCCCUUCUCGUUCUGGAAUAAUGGUCCAAAUAAUAAAGGAUUUGAGCUGUUUUGUUUUGUUU